UAACCCUCUUCUUAACAUUCCAAAGUGUACCUUUUCUAUUGAUGAGAUAUGACUUUGAUGUUCUGAAGAUUGACAAUGUAUGUGAAACUGACUCCUGGAUAGGAAUUGUACCCUAAACUAUGAUUCAAGCUCCUAAUUAUUAAUCAGACAUGCAAGAUGACAUAUGUUCUCUCCUUUAUCCCAAAUUUCCAAUCUCUGUUCUUGGUGUGCAGUCAGACAAAUUACCUCUUUUACUACAUAUCAUCUUUCUAUUGCAUAUGUUCUACAAUCAAAGAGUUAUAUGGAAUAUGUCGAGAAAUGUGAAACUAUUUUGUAGUCAAAAGCCAAAAAAAAAAAAUGAUUGUGAAUGUUUUAACAUGAUUUAAGUGGAUGAUCUGCUGCAGGGAAAUUGUGAGAGGGGAAGAAAGAAUAUAUAAGUGCUCCAAUAUAGGAGAUCACUAUUGAUCUGCUGCAAAAUGGAAUGCUGAGAUAUGCUACUUUGUAUAGACAGAUGGCCCGAGGGACAUUGAUGAAAAGGCAAUUUUCUUUUAUACAUAUCUUUUUUCUGUAUUUAUGACUUUCACAUGUAUCUUUCUGUUUCCAUAGGCUCUGCAUUUUUUGAGGUAUAACAUGACCAUUAAGUGCGUUAGCAUUCAGCAUUCUACUAUAAGAUAAGAUAAGCAGAACAUUGCUUCUCUUCUCAAGCUAAUUAGAUAGAAAUAUGCUGUUUCUCUUUUCAUAUAAUGUUUGAUUGGUGAUAAGUUCUAAUAGAGGUGCCUCAAUAUUCUGACUGCUUUGCAGAUAUACUGUAAAUAUUUUUCUAUACAUAUCUAAAAGAUCCUGUAAUAUUUCUCUUAAUUGGUUUUGAUUUCUUUCCUUAUAUAGGAUUCUUGUAACUGUAUAAAAUCCUUCAUAUUCAUGAAUAGAGUCAUUAAGGUCCUGCAGAUCUGAUUUUGGCUUGCUGCUCCAGCAUGUCUCGUCAUUCAAGACACAUUCCGGUAUUCUUCUCGAGUUGGAUCUGUAUUUGAAGGUGUACUAUUCACUUUGUCUCCAUUGUAAUUUCCUGUUAUUGUCUUCGUACUGUUUUGCGUAAGGUUCAGUUUUUGUGUGAAGAAGCUGCUAAUUUCUUGAGAAACAGAUAGUAGUUAUUUGCUCCCAUUGUCAGUUUCUUCACUAAACAUUAGUUAAGGUUCAGUUUUUGUGUGAAGAAGCUGCUAAUUUCUUGAGAAACAGAUAGUAGUUAUUUGCUCCCAUUGUCAGUUUCUUCACUAAAAAGUAGUUGAAAAUGUUACUUCAUGAAGUUUCCGUGACCGAAAUAGUUCCGGCAUUACCCAAAAUUACAGUUCAUAAAUUAAAUAUGUCUAAUUAUUUAGACUGGAGUAGGAAAAUCAGGGUCUACUUGCGUAGUGUUGAAAAGGAUGACCAUCUUAGUGAGGGCCCUCCAACUGAUGAAACUAAAAAGUCUUGGUGAUUCUAGACUGUUCUUGCAAAUUAUAAACUCUAUUGACAAUGAAGUAGGUGGUUUGGUUAAUCACUGUGAAUUUGUUAAAGAGUUAAUGGAUUAGCUAGAGUAUCUAUAUUCUGCAAUGGUUAUUUGUCUCGAGUUUAUAAAGUUUGUAAGGCUUUCUACCGUCCCGGGAAGGAAGAUAAGACACUCACCACAUACUUCACUGAGUUCAAGAAAAUUUAUGAGGAGUUGAACAUGCUUUUUCCGUUCAGUACUGAUAUCAAGGUGCAACAAGCUCAGAGGGAACAAAUGGCAAUAAUAAGUUUCUUCGCGGAACUCCCCUCUGAGUUUGAGACUGCUAAAUCACAGAUACUCUCCAGUUCUGAGAUCACUUCUCUCAAAGAUGUUUUCAGUUGGGUGUUGCGUACGGAGAGUACAUCCAAUCAGCAAAUCAAUGAACUUGUUGCAAAAGGAGAAGAAAAAAAUGAUGCUAGAAGAAACUAUUCUCUUCAGACAUAUUCAGACAGCCAAAAUCAUGUGACUGGACUCCGAAUAGUUGUUCCUACGUGUGCGCCUCUUGCAAAUGCACAACUAGAAGACAGAAACAUAGAUAACCUAUGUGGUUCUCCGAUUGUAUUCUCCUAUAAUAAAACAUCCUUCUAUAACAAAGAAAACAACGUGGAGCCCAGAUCAUCAGAAGAAUCCUGUAAAGGAGAAGAAAAAAAUUAUGCUAGAUGGAACUAUUUUGUGACUUCAGACAAUGUCAGAAAGCUUUUUCGCUGGAAGAGAAACUAAUGUUGAAGCUGCUGCAAAGGUAGUGCACCCUACUUCAACAUAUUCAGACAGCCAAAAUCACCGAAUUUUUGUGCCUAGGUGUGGCCUCUUGCAAACGCAGAAGACAGAGGUUUGUCGGUCAAAUGUGUUGCAUGUACGCCAUGGCAUACAGCUGCGGAAUCUUAUAAAGGAGCUGAUCAUGGCCAAGCUGGGCAAAUAACAUCAAAAGUUGAAUGGGUGGAACAGUAUCAGCUCGGUGUCUACGUUACAUUGACAGUGCUGCCAAGUGGAAAGAAUGAACUCAAGCGAGUCUCGUUCAGUACCAAAAUGUUUACUGAGAAGGAAGCAGAGAAGUGGUAGGAAGAAAACCGGCCUUUUGUCUACAUGGUUUACGAUAUUGAAGAAAAUGACAAUCUGAAGAAGUAGCAGUUUCCUUUGUCUUUCCAAUGUAACUUGAACAUGAUUACACUAGUGGUUCAUGUUAGAGAAGGUAUUUAAUCACCCAAUGUUGCGAAAGUGCAUUAUUUUAUGGGAAUUUUACACUCUAUGCCAAUUAUGGCAAAAUAUUUACCCGUUUUAGCCCAUCUUUUUUAA